GGGCGCACAGCAGCGCCGCGGAGCGCACAGGCUCGAACCCCGCGGAGGAAAGACACCUGUUUACCGGCGGAGCGAGUGUGACGGAGAGGGUCUCUCUCGACGCCUGACUGCAUCUUCCCCACGCGCCGCCCCCCUCCCCCCCACACACCCCACCGCCUGGCGGGACCAUGUGGGUUCUGGAUAAGAUCCGCGGGACGGUGGAGACCGGCGUGCUGCGUCACGGUGAGAACGGAGACAAGAAAGGCGUCCCGUACAGCAACGUCCUCACCCCCGACAAGAUCCCGGACUUUUUCAUUCCCCCGAAGCUGGUCUGCGGCCCCCCGGAGCCCGAGAUUCCCAAUCUCCCGCCCAAAGAAGGCCCGAAACCCUCGACCUCGGAGCUGACUGUCAACAGCGGGAAGAAGAUCAGCAGCCCGAGAAGUCCGCGCCUGGUGGCGAAGAUCGCAGGAGACACCAAGAACCUGCUGAGGGCAGCGAACCGUCACAUCAUACAGAUAGAGAGCGCGGAUGAUGUUGGAGACACCAACGCAGACCCCCAGUCGCAGACAGCGAUGUCUCUGCCCUAUGUGCCCAAGACUCAAACCCCGUAUGGCUUUGCGACCUUGAAGGAGAGCCCUCACACUCGCCGCAAAGAGUCCCUUUUCCACUGCGAGCUCACCAGUCCCAUCACCUCCCCAAACCCCCAGAGGAAGACGCAUGGGAGAGGCGGCGAGGGGGGGGCAAACCACCUGAACCCGGCGGACUGCAACACCUCCCACAUGAAUCCCUACCGGUACUUCAGCGGCGGGGAGAGCGACACGUGCUCCUCGGCCGAGUCCUCUCCCUUCAGCUCCCCGCUGCUCUCCCGCUCCGCCUCCCUGCUCAAGAUCUUCACCCACGACACGCAGGCCAAGGUCGUGAAAGCCAAGCGGUCGUUCGCCCGCCACAGCUCGCUCUCCACCGACGAGUGCAGCUCGGCCGAGCCCAGCCCCAACGUGCAGCGGCGGCUCCACGCGCCCUCCCUCCACGGCGCCGGGGGGUCGGACCACGGGCUCCACCGGGAGCACACCGUCAACCUGCACAAAGGCGGGUCGUUGAGGAUCAGCGCCAACUACGACUCGGGCACCUCCCGCCUGCUCAUCCGCGUCCUGGUGGCGGAGAGUCUUUACGACAAGCACUUUGACAUCAAGAGCAUCAACUGCUGCGUCUCCGUCUACCUGAACCCGGGAAAGCAGCAGAAGCAAAGGAGCAACAUCAUCAAGAACAGCCGCAAGCCGGUCUUCAACGAGGACUUCUUCUUUGACUCGAUCGGCUCGGUUCAAGUGAAGAACCUGCUGGUGAAGUUCAAGGUGGUGAACAAAGGCACCAGCCUCAAGAGGGACAACCUGCUGGGAGAGCGGGAGGUGCCUCUUACGAAGCUGCUCUCGGGGGUUUGAAGCCACAGGACCUGGGGGGGGGGGGGGUAGGGUGUCAAAGAAGGCACGAAAGAGACAACACUGAAUUAGACGUUCUUGCUGGUUCCUUUUUUAAAACUUAUUUUUCUUUUUAAUUCCAAUGAAAACCGGGGACAUCACAGUGAAGGAAGAGGUGGCGAAAUGCAUUCUCGAGAAGGAAAGUGGAGGCUUUUCUUCUGAGAAGCUCCUGAUGUCCGCGGACGAAUCAUUUCUGGUGGUCGAGGCUGGCCCAAUUCUAUACCACCCCGAUAACGAAUGCUCAUUAAAUCAAGCCGGGUGCGAUGGCAACAGAUUCGUUUUGACACAUGAAAGGGUUUCUGUUUCUGGACACAUCUCCCCGCGCCAACUUCCUCGGCCAGGUCUGGUUCAAAGGUUGCGCGACACCUGUUCACCAGUCGUCAUCGCUCUCCCCCCCCGCCCGCGCGUCGUCUGUCACGUGUCGCGUGGUUUGAUUUAUUGUAAUGGGACAAUAAUCCACAGCGGCGCGGGAUGGGAUUCUGCGUCGUAGCUACACCGUGGUGUUCAGCACAAAGAUGCUUUUGUGGAUCGCAGCUUUGAAGUGCUGCUACGUCCUGAUGUGCAAAUGACCCUUUGAUCCCAGGUGCCGUGGCCCACCUCCGACCGCGGAAGGCGAGGGACACACAGAGCAGCCACGAUGGUCACAUUUACAUGCACAUAGAAAAUUCGAAUUGUAAUGCAAAAGCCCCAUCAUUGCCAUAAUCUGAUGUUGUCAGUCUAGCAUCAGAUUAGUACGUAAUGACCGUGGAUACUUGUGCUGCAAAGUCUCCGAUUGUGUCUGUAGUUGAGUAAAAUGGACGUAGCUUGAUGGCGAUAAGUGCCACGUGGAGUUUUCAAAGUGUGCAUUGUGUCGAUACCUUGAGAUCUAACUAAUGUGUUGAGUGCAUAUCCUUUCACCAGAGAAAGUAUUCUAGAAUUUUGUUUGUCUGGUCACUUUGGACUGAUCAACGUUGGUCUGUCCAGCAGCAGAAUAGGAUUAGACAAACGACAAUGUACACGUACAAAAUGAGAACCCACUCUCACAAUCUUUGCCGCCCUACACAGACACCACAGCGUAUCGUCCAGGUAGAUUUUUAUUUCAACAAUUGCUGUAACAAUGUUUAAACCUGUUUCUAAUGUAAGUCAAUUUAUUUCAACUAAAAGUACAAGAAAUUGCGUCUCGCAACGGUGAGCCUUGGUAUCGUCUGCCCUGCUGUGAAUGUCCAGGAACACAAGCAAUCAGAAAGCCUGUUUUGGGCAAUUUCAUGUUUCUGGUUUGGGUAAAAUUGAGUGUAGGUCUGUAAUCUAACUCGUGUGUGUGGCUUUAGUUAAGUUGAUACGUGAGGUGAGCCAAGUCCGUUUGAAUUAAGUUAACAUUGGCAUUUGGUUUCAAUUGUGACACGAACAAAAGCCCAAUAUUUGUUUGACCCAUCAGUGCAGACCGCCCCCCCCCCCCCUCCUUUUGUGUGCUUUGUUUGUCUCUAACCCGUCGUCACAAUUGAAUGAGAGCAGAAGCUGAUUGCUAAUGGAAACUGGUUGAAAUAUUACUACUGCACUAAAAAAAUAUAUGCUUUUAACACUCAAUUAUAGACCAACAAACCCUGCAGUUGAAUCUUUAACUGCCUUAAACCCAAUGCAUAUCUACACUUAUUUGAUAUAUCAUUGAUUUCUGUUAGGGUUAGGGUUAGGGGGGGUUAGGGUUUGGGGUUAGGGUUUCGGUUUGUCGAAAUCUCUUGAGUGUAAUGAAGGACCUGCGUGGACGUUGCAGCUGCAGCCUGUCACACGCGGCGGCUCAUCCAGCGUGGGCACCUUGAUUAAAUCUCGUGCAACUAGGCAACCAGCUCUCGCCCCAUCUUCACUCUGAAUUCAGACCGGUCGGCGAUACCUCCGUGUUAUUCUGCUCAGAUUACCAACAACCGGGACGAGUAUAUUCAGAGCAUUCUUCGCUUCACGCUAGUCUGUCUCUGCAAAAGGAUGAUUAAAAAGUCACUUUUUGUUUUGUUUUUACUCUGUCAUCAAAUUAAAGAUGUUCUUUGUGUAAACAGAAGUUUACAAUUGUUGAUUUAUGCAAAAAGGCUGCUGGCUUAGUCACGGUAUCGACAGUGGACAAAUACAAUACCUGUGUGCACGUAAAUGUGUUGAAUGUCUCCCACGAGAAGAACAGAACACUGCUGUCACAUGUCAGAUUACCAGUUGCAUGGCACAAACAUGUCACUGACAUACUUGAGCAAUGCUCAAAGUUUCAUGAAACCCUAAAGCCUUACUGUGUGUGUGUGUGACAUUUUGUCCAAAGUUAAUCAUUUUCUAUGUACGACAUGUAGUAUUUUGUAAAAUGCAUUUGAAAGUUGUGUUGAAUUUGUACCGUACAUUUUAUGUACAAUGUUUCUACGAUUGUUAGCAAAAUGCCAAUUAUGCACCAGCGAGCGACGAUGAGAGGCAUUUCAAUUACGUCUGUUUGCAUCCACAAUGAAUGGGGGGGGGGGGGUGGAGAGAAAGGAAAUAAGGAAAACCAGAUUACACUGUAUGUUAGGACAGCUUUGAGCUCCCUCCUCUUUCUGCCGAGUAGAGAAGAAGACCAGACAUCAAGGUGAUGCAAAUUACUUCGUGAUUUGGAUUACUCUCACCCGCUAUUCGUAGCUCACUCGUAGCACUGUUGUUGAUAUACUCUCUAUAUGUGAUAUACAGCCCCACUGGGUGGCUUUGUUAUGGUGUAAGAGUCAGUGAUCUGUGUGUAAUCCCCGUUGCAAACAUACAGUGCCUGCUCGUAGGAUUAUUGCAUUUUCUACAUCCCGCUUCCAGAAUGGGGUUCAGUCCCGUUGUUGUCAAACCCUAAGUUUCUUCUAGCAUGAUUAUCAUACUUCAGUAGUGUCAGUAAUGGAUUUCAGUGGAUUCAUAUUGUGCAGUGUGCAGUGUGCGGGUCACCUUGUUCUCUCUGGUUCGGUGCCGACACAAAUGUAUAUAAUGAUGUAAUAUGGGUGAUGUGUUCUGCAAACUGUCCAAACUGAGACCAGUUUUUUUCAUAACUAAUUGUUUUGACUGUUUUUAAUCACGUGGCUGAUCAUGUAACAUAAUGGACAUUAAAAUAAUCAAAUGUUAUCUGGCCAUGCUUUAUCAAAGAUUCAUAUUCGGCAGAUAUGAACAUAACAUGGAUUCUUUAGAUAAGGAAACAGCUUUUAAAUAAAGGUCUCUGCACAAGCGCACAAUAUUUGUUUAUAUAUAUAUAUAUAUAUAUAUAUAUAUAUAUAUAUAUAUAUUGUGUAUAUAGCAAAGGCUUUAUAUUUUGCAGCAUAGAGCAGGAUAAAUCUGAAUUGCAAGUUUUGCCAGGUAUGUUUUCACUUACAAGGAAUUUGUCUUGGUGAGAGGCCGUCAGGUCCUCAGUGUGUAGUCGAGGCCGACGGGAAUUUAGAUGUAGUUUGCUCAAAAUAGUUUAAAUGUACUUUCAUAAUUGUGAGAGCUGCACACUGAGUGAGAGCUGUUGGCUUAGCAUAGAGAUGCAAAACGGGGAGAUAGACCAGUUGGCUCGCAGAGACAUCAACAGAAUUGACAAGAUGAACUACCAGCACCUCUUAAUCUGAAUAUUGAAUAUGUUGUAUUGGAUUUGUACACUAGCCAAAAUGUAAUGAUGCCCAUUUAGGGUUUUAUUGGGGGUUAUGUUUUGUAAGUAGUAGAAACCUGCAGUACACUGACAACCCAUUCCAUUAAAGGUGUUUUCACAUGGUCACAGAAGCCUUAGACGAGUGGACCUUUUGAUGGCCAAAAUUAAAAGGCCUCUAAGGAAUACUAGAUGUUACAGCGUUUAACGCUUGUCAAGAUCUGGACCAAAGUGUUGAGCCAGCACAUAAAUGAUCACCAUUCCUAGAGUCACUGUGGCAGUAGGGCUAAAACCAAGUAUUAGCAUCAUCAUUCGGAUCUUGUAUUUGUCCUGUUUAACUCCCAAAGCUUUCAAAACAUAUAUAUAUACACUGUAUAUAUAUACUGUAUUUAUAUAUAAAUAUAUGCUCAAUCAUCCCUAAAGUCUUCCUGUCUUGGCAGGUUCUCUCUGAAAACUGAAAAGCGCCCGUCCAUUACUUGACUCUGAAAUGUUUCGUUUUUCUCCACAAGUACAUAAAUAAUGGAAGUUGUUUUCCAGUUGCUUUACAGCUGUUCUUGAUGUGUUUCUGAACUGUGCAGGUAGAUACGUUUUUUACUGUGAUGCUGCACGCACUGACCGCUGUUCUAUGGUUAUUUACUGUACUGAUGGAUGUGAAAUACUUUAAAUAAAGGAAAUGUUCCACAG